AUGGCAUGGGUCCCCAAUCCAACACUUCAUCCGAGACAGUACACUGACUUCAUCGACACAGACGAAAAAAGACAAAGUGCACUGGCGAAAAACCUAGAGACUGUCAAGAGAAAGAGGAGGGCAUCUAGAUCACCGGGGGCCGCUUCGUCAAGUGCUGGCUCAGUCUUCACACCUGACUCCAUACCAAGACAGAGAAAUAGGCGAGUGCCCACGGUAGAAAGAACCUCAAGACGCAUUGACAGAAUAACCAUCCACGACGAACCCUCUGGAUCUUGGUCUUCUCCUCUACCAGAAGUGACCCCGUCACCAACUUCACUCGACAAUGCAGUAGACGAAUACCGAAGACGGCUGUACUUCCAGCCCCUGCCACUCUUUGACCCUCAAGGUCUGAGAGAACGUAUCCAGAGAUCCCCCAUGUUUCUGCAAUGGAUCUUUCUCGCCCUUGCUCUCUCGAAUCUACCGUAUGAUGCGAGCAGCGCCAAAGAAGCUGACCUUAUUCAUUCUCAUGCGAGAGCCGCGCGAGAUACAGUUUUGGAUCUUGCCAUGCAAGGAACUGCCCAGUUGGAAAUCUCACAGGCGUUGUGUUUACUCGCGUUGGGCGAUAUACUCGAAGGAAGACCAGCCCUCGCUUUAAUGACGAUAGGAGCUGUCUGCAGACUUGAACUCGUCCGCGGAGCAGGAUACGCCGAAUCCCCCAGCGACGCCAGUCUACGAUGCUAUUGGAGUGUCUUUAUUCUAGAAAAGGGCUUCACACCCCGUUUCACGCUUCUAUCUCAAACACACUCCAAGCCAGAGUAUCCUCGCAGCGCACGCGAGCCCUCACCCCCAGCAUAUAUAGGCGAUGAAGAGUACGCGCCAGACUUGGUCACUAUCCGCGAUGAUCUAAGAACAGAUCCAGGAAUUACCUCACAUGCUGUACGCGCGGUGUCUUUCUGCGGAGACGUCAUAGCGUAUCUUCAUGCUCUACGUAUAGGAAAGGCGGAUAACCCCGCUGACACAAACUCCAACUUUUACCAGCUCACAAAUACACUGUAUGAUCUCGAGUCGCAGCUUGGGCAUAUACAUUUUGUCCGCAACGUGGGCUUUUCAGAAAGAACUUCGGAGGAGUUUGAGAGACAUAGGGAAUAUUGGGCGCCGUGGUUACUGUUCCAGAUGACAGCGCAUGCGUCGCAGGCUUUGUUGAAUCACCCGUUUAUCCAUCUUGUCUUGCUACGACGAGCGAAUCGACCAUCGCAGCCUCGGCUCUUUCUUCAACAGACAGUUGAUCAGGCCAUGUUUCAUUCCGCGUGGGUUACGAGCCAAGCUCACGAUAACAACAUGAUAAGUUUCCAGCCGUCCAAGAUCUGGCAGCUCAUCGACACGGAUAUAAUGGACGCUGUGGCGCCGCAGCCGACGAGCGGAGAAGCGGUGGGGAACCAGGCUGAUGCGUCCAAGACGACUGUGAGCGUGCAGACGACUUUUGUUCAUCCUGUUGGUGGUGAGAGGAGGGUGGAGCAGCGGCAGACUAAUAUGACUGAGAGUCUUGUCGCUUAA